UCGGCAUCCUCUUCCUGUCUCCUCCCAACCCAAAUUGUACUUGCAAGAUAUUCUCGUAUCUUUGACUUUGUACAACAUAAAACAUUCAAUCCAACGACCAUGUCUUCUCAACAAGCACCCCUGUUUAUCAAGAUCAAACACGCCAACUCGACUCGGAAAGUCCGAGUACCCAAUCAACCUGCGCCUGUCUGGUCAAAGCUUUCGGCGGCGAUCGUCGGCAGGUUCGGAAUCCCAGAGGGCCAACCAAUCGGCUUGCAAUACCUCGACCCGGAGGGUGACAUCAUCACCAUCUCUUCUCAAGUCGAGUUCGACGAACUUUGGCACGAAAUCACUCUUGCUGCUAAACCCAACCAGAAGGGCGGUGUCGAUCAAAGGACUCUCAGCUUAGAGCUCAUCCUUAUCGAUCAUCAACCAACUCAGCCCAAGCCGUCCAGCGACCUCACCAAAGUUCAUCACCCGGAGGCCGGUUCGAUCUCGACAGAAGGGUCCACUUUCCAACUCAUUCCAACUCCUGUCGAUGGCUCAAGCACUUCAACUGUUGAUCCUGCCUCUGACUCCGCUCAUCUUGGCCCUGCUGCAGCCAAGGGCAAUAAUCCGAUCAAGGGUGCAAGUGACCCGACCCCUGGUACUGCAGCAUCUGACCCACCCGAAUAUCCGAUCAACACUUCGCCCUCUCCCAACAGUCGGAGCCCCCUCGUUGACUCGAACCUUGGUCUGUCUGCUUUGAUCACUGCGAUCGAUGCAAUCGCUCCCAAGCUACAGGAUACCCUUGGUGGCUAUGCACAGAUGAUCGUCCAGGUGAGCGACCAGCUCAGCGAUACCUGUCGGGUCAUUGCCAGUCAUUUAAAAGAACCCUCGACCCAAGCGGGCCCCAACCCUCGGCCAGCCCCAUUCGGAGAGCGAUAUCCCUCGGCUCACCCUACAUCCGCCCCGCGCAUGAGUCCAUCUCACGUGAAUUACGGGUUUACCCCAGCAUCAGACUGGAACCCAAGCGGCCCUACUGCUCCCCCGGCCUCGGUAUUUCCGUGCAGCUCUCCUCAAGCCCCCUUGUGGUUCACUAGACCGCCACUCGGGGAGGCCACUCAUCCCAACGCAUUCUAUCCUUCAGUCCCUCGAGAGAAAAAAUGCAAUGCCCCAUCGUACGCAAAACAUUCCUUUGGUUUCGGAAACACACCGGACAAAGAUCGGAUCAACCCGACAAUCUUCUCUCACGACUACCUCAAUGUACCUAGGAAGAGCUUCGUUGGAGGCGUAGCUCAUGUUGAUCCAUGGGCAUAUUUCCACAGCGCUAACCCAAAAUUUGAAAGCAACUCUCCCAAUUCGCCUGACAAGAUCCACUUUGGCGCGGCAGGCUUUGGAAAUGUGCGCGGGAAAGGCAAAAGCGGGCCCAGCCCAAUCUUCGCAAACAACUCACCCAGCUCGCCCGUUAAGACCAAAUUCAGUGGUGUAGGUAAUCAGAAAUCACGCGAAAAAGGGUGGAACAGCUUCACGCCGCCCGCGCCUAUCAACGCUUUCAAUCCAGCCGGCAGGAGCAACUUCGGAUGCACUUCACAAGAGAACCUGGCCAAGCAUUCACCUGCUCCUUCGUCCGACCUUCCCAAGACAUUCUCACCAAUCAAUCGUCAAAAGAAGAAGCAGUCUUCCGACUUUUCGGACGAUGAAACCAACGGCUGGCUCGAGCCCCCCAACGCCAACAAAACUGGAGGGUCCGCUACAAAGGGUGUACAUGGAAAGACGAUGGCUGAGCAAGCUGCUACUACCAGCCCUCGUGCAAACGAUGUCGGGGGGAUAGAGAAAAAGAAAGGACCAGUUAGUUGGGCAGAUAUGCCGGAUUGGCAACCCCCGGUGAUGGGUCGGGGCUUCGUCCCUAAGUUCAAAUCCAGAAACCCUCCCACUCGAAAAGCCCCUAGUAGCUUCCCUGACUUAGAAGAGGCCAGCGAUGACGAGUCUCUGGUUGAAGAUGGCUGGGGUCCUAAGUUGGUCUGAUCGCAACACUCAAGCCUUCAUCUAUCGGUACUUAUUUGGCUUUCCCGCUUGUUCAUCAUCUGCUAUGCUUCAAAAACCCCAAAAACAAAAACAAAAAAUUCCAUAUAUGUAUGUCUGCUAUCUAUGUUUGUAUUCCACUCGACCCCGAAAAAAACAAGAAACACGAAUUGUGCCUGUUUGUACUACUCUUGUAUUUAUGUGCCUUCAUAAAUGACUCUAAACACGAUAUGAGUCGGUCGACUGGGCCAUCAGCUUUCAUAGUCUACUGUGUUUUCCUGUCUCUACAUGACACCACUACACUUACAUAUUGAAGUUAUUAUAUGCCCGAUAGCUAUAUUGCUUCCCUCGUCUCACUUAUCUUCUUCACUGUCUUUUAUGUCUCUACAGUUAUGUGGUUAUCAGAAAUCAAAUGAGUUUGAUCAAACAAUGUUGCUUGGAAAACGAGUCGAACAGAAUAAUCCGAGUCAGAAACAUACACACUUGAUGAUGGGAUUCUCAAAGGG